AAAACAGCCGCACAUCUGGCACGCAAUGUGAGCGCGAGGCACUGGAGGAAUAUGUCCGCGCGUGAUUAAACGUGCGACCGGAUCGUUGUCUUAUGUGGAGGAAAGUUGUCAGGAAUAGUUGUGGAUUUGCAGAAUUUGGAUAAGAUUAAAGGAGUGAGGAGUGACACAUUACUUCACUUCAGGCUUCUGUAGGCGCGUAAAUAGCCAGUUAUUUUUUUGAUGUUUUGGUUGCAACAAUCUUGUUUUCAAGAGCGGGAAAUGAGUGCAACAUUUAAAAGCAUUAAUUUCUUCUCGACGUAAAACACAUCCAGUGAGCCUGAGCACCUGCGUUUAGUGGCGGAGUUUUGUAACAGGUGGUUUUUAUUGAGCGUCUCACUUCGGCGCUGUCUGGACCGCUAGACUGCUGUUUCUGUGGAUAAAUGAGACGCACAGGUCAGUACAAGGACUAGGGUCUGAAAUGAGGGCGCACUUUGCGUUCAUUUUCUGAUUUUUUUUGCACGAGUGGAUAACAGCUUGUAACGGAGGCGAGAGCAGCCAGCAGGUCUCAAUGAUAAGCUCGGUGUGUGUGUCGUCUUACCGGGGGCGCAAGUCAGGCAACAAACCUCCGUCUAAAACAUGUCUGAAGGAGGAGAUGUUCAGAGGGGAGGACUCGGACAAAAUUAUCAUCAACGUGGGCGGAACUCGACAUGAAACCUACAAGAGCACCCUCAGGACCCUGCCGGGGACCCGCUUGGCCUGGCUGGCGGACCCAGACCCGCAGGUCAGCUCUGAGUCGGUAGCUACGCCCCCUAGCACCGAGUUCUUCUUCGACAGACACCCGGGCAUCUUCGCCUACGUGCUGAACUACUACCGGACCGGCAAGCUGCACUGCCCAGCGGACGUGUGCGGGCCGCUGUUCGAGGAGGAGCUGGCGUUUUGGGGGAUUGACGAGACCGACGUGGAGCCGUGCUGCUGGAUGACCUACCGGCAGCACCGGGACGCGGAGGAGGCCCUAGAGACGUUUGAACCGCCGGACUCGGAAACCGACGACGACAGAGAGAUGCCGAGGCGGUUCGGCAUUGAGGACUGUCCCGACAGGUCGAGGGGCUGCUGUGAAGUUUGGCAGCCGAAGGUCUGGGCCUUGUUUGACGACCCGUACUCGUCCAAAGCAGCCAGGGGAGUGGCGUUUGCCUCUUUGUUUUUCAUCCUAGUGUCCAUCACCAACUUCUGCCUGGAGACCCAUGAAGUCUUCAAUGAACUGCAGAACCGGACUGAGAAUGUUAAAGUGGGCAACACAACACAAGAAAUCCAGAGGCCAGAGAUGGUGACCAAACCUAUCCUCUUCAUGGUGGAGGGCGUCUGUGUGGUGUGGUUCACAUUUGAAUUCCUGGUGCGAAUCAUCUGCUGCCCCAACAAGAAGGUCUUCAUCAAGAACACGCUCAACAUCAUUGACUUUGUGGCCAUCCUGCCGUUCUAUCUGGAGUUGUGCCUGAAGGGUCAGUCGUCCAAAGCUGCCAGCGACGUGCUGGGUUUCCUCCGUGUGGUUCGCUUUGUUCGAAUCCUCCGAAUCUUCAAGCUGACGCGGCACUUUGUGGGAUUGCGCGUGCUGGGCCACACGCUGAGGGCCAGCGUCAACGAGUUCCUCCUUCUCAUCAUCUUCUUGGCCCUGGGCGUACUCAUCUUUGCCACCAUGAUAUACUACGCUGAGCGCAUUGGGGCCAGCCCCAAUGACCCCAGUGGCACCAAUCACACACACUUCAAGAACAUCCCCAUCAGCUUCUGGUGGGCGGUGGUCACCAUGACGACGCUGGGCUAUGGAGAUAUGUACCCAAAGACAUGGCUGGGCAUGAUGGUGGGGGCGCUGUGCGCGCUGGCCGGGGUGCUGACCAUCGCCAUGCCGGUGCCCGUCAUCGUUAAUAACUUUGGGAUGUACUACUCGCUGGCUAUGGCCAAACAGAAGCUGCCAAAAAAGAAGAAGAAGCACAACCGGAACCCGGAUGCUCCGACUGACUCGGUCUCGUUUGGGAAGUCAGAAACAAACUCGCACAGAGACAGCACUCAGAGCGACACGUGUCCGCUGGCUGCUGAGGAGAGCGUCAGCAGGAACCGCUCAGACUCCAAACAGAAUGGAGAUGCAAAUGUGGCCCUUUCAGAGGAGGAAGGCUGUAGCCUGACCCAGCCGCUGUCCCCCAGUGAAAAGUGGUCCCUGCGGUGCACCCGGGGGCGAGACAAAAAUAAGAAGGAGGCCGCCUGCUUCCUCUUAACCUCUGACGACCCCAACGUCCAUACUGAGGGCUGUAAAGACUUCCUCGCUGCCACUGGAAACUACGCUCAGCCGGAGGUCACCACGCUGACCUGAUGCUGAUUGGCUACGAUAAGGAGAAAGAGCAUGAACUUAUGGUGGAGUACAUGCUGUGCAGAGCUUCAGCUCUCGUCCCUGCUCUGUUUCCCACCCUAAAUGAACUGUGGAGCAAAUCCUUUUUAUUCAAGACAAGGUUUUUAUUUUUAAAUUUAAUUUUGUUUUAUCUCCUGUCCAACAUCCAAAGCCUGGAGGUAGAAAAUCAGUUGCGUAGCAGACUUACUGUUUGUACUCUCAUUUACAUGUUACAAAGCAUUCUGCAUGUGUUGCAUGAUCUACCAUUGUAUAAUGUACUGGCUACCAUUAAUAUGCUUAUCAUUUAGUGGACCUUUCGUAGUCUUAAAAGCUCUGAAGACA